AUUCGAAACCAAAACUCAAACCCACCGGUAAACACCCAUCAAUACAAAAGGGGUGUUAGCCUACUUAUGAAGCAUCCAUUUAUAAGACCGCCAGCACCAGGAUCUCGUUCACAGUUCAGAUUUGUCAGAAUCCAGGAGAGAAAGAAAGGAAGCAACGGUAAGAUUUUCGUUUUCUUUUGCAACUUUUGCUUAUACAAAGCAAGCCGAACCUUUUGACAUCUCUCAAGAAGAGCUAUCGCCUUACAGACCAGACAAAAGUCAUGAUGUCAGCACCAGUGUGUUUGAUUGAAAGUGAUCAAAAUGGAAAGUUUCAUGUGAGAAAAGAGGGCAAAGACAUUCUAGAUGGAAUCAAUGAGCCAGUGGUGGUGGUGUCUGUAGUGGGACUCUACCGUACUGGGAAGUCUUACCUUAUGAACCGCCUAGCAGGACAACAGUCAGGCUUUGCUCUUGGCAACACAAUUGAAUCAAAGACCAAAGGUAUCUGGAUGUGGUGCAUCCCUCACCCAUCUAAAGCAGGACAGACUCUAGUGCUGCUGGACACAGAGGGACUGGGUGAUGUAGACAAGGGAGACUCUCAGAAUGACGGCUGGAUCUUCUGUCUGGCGGUUUUGCUCAGCAGCACUCUGGUGUACAACAGCAGAGGAACCAUUGAUAAUGAUGCAGUGCAAAAGCUCCAAUAUGUUACUGAACUCACUGAGCAAAUCAAGAUCAAAUCCCCAUCAUCUCCAUCAAAAGAAGCAGAUGUGACAGGGAAAGAGGAUUAUGAGUUUGUGUGCUUUUUCCCAUCAUUCGUCUGGUGUGUGAGGGAUUUUAUCCUGGAAUUAGAAAUUGCUGGACAGCAAGUGACAGAGGACGAAUACCUUGAAUUUGGUCUCAAUUUAAAGAAGGAUUGCAAAACCAGUAACUACAACGAGACUCGUGAAUGUAUCCGGAAGUAUUUCCCUUCCCGCAAGUGUUUCGUGUUCUCAUUCCCAACCUUACCGAAAAGCAUGAAACAUCUAGAGAGCCUAAAAGAGCAGGACCUUAUGCCAGAUUUUCUGGAGGCCACCGGCCAUUUCUGUAAAUACAUCUUUGAGAAGAGUGCUGUGAAAACGCUGAAAGGGGGUCACAGAGUUACUGGGAAAAUGCUUGGUGAUCUUGCUCAGAUUUAUGUAGAUACAAUCAGCAGGGGUAAGGUGCCCUGUCUGGACAAUGCAGUGGUUACUCUUGCAAAUCAAGAGAACCAGGCAGCUGUUAAAGAAGCUUUAAAAGUUUAUAAGAGUGGCAUGGAAGAGGUGGUGAUGAAGUUUCCAGUUAAUGUGACUGAUGUUACCCAAGAGCAUCAGAACGUAAGCAGUCAGGCCACAUCUGAGUUCACAAAACGUUCAUUUAAAGAUGAAAAUGAUGAGUACCUUAAAAAGCUGGAGGAAGAGAUAGGUAAAUACUAUGUAAACCUUUUGGAGGAGAAUAAGAUGGCAUCAGAAAGGAAAUGCAAAGAGCUCCUGAAGGAUCUGUUUUCUAGUAUGAGUGAACGACUGAAGAAUGGAGAAUACAGUCAGCGUGGAGGAUAUGAAGUCUACUGCAGAGACAGAGACGCCAACAUUGAACAAUACCACAGUGAACCAAACAAAGGAGUCAGGGCUGAAGCUGUGCUGAAUGAGUUCAUAAAUGAGAGAGGACCUGAGGCAAACUUCAUCCUUCGCACUGAUGAACAACUGACUAAAAGGGAGAAAGCAAUUCAGGAGGAGAGAGAGAAGGCAACUCUGAUCGAACAGAAGCUUAAGGAGGAGGAGGAGAAACGUAUUGAGAGUGACCUACUGUUUAAGGCAGAGAAAAAGCGCCAGGAGGAAAUUAAGAUACAGAUGGAGGAGAAGUUUAAAAAGGAGAUGAAGCAACAGCAGGAGGAGAUACAAAGAGGUCUGGAGAGCAAACUAAAGGAGCAGGAAGAGCUGCUGAACAAAGGCUUUAAAGAGAAAGCUGAACUUCUUGGUAAAGAGAUAAAUAAGUUACAAGAAGAGCAAAAUAGUUUUGGAGUUAUAGGGAAAUUUUUUGGUAAUGUCUUUGACAUAAUUCCCAAUCUUCUCACUGGCAAGGGCUUCAUAUGGCGUUAAACUAAUGUGAGUAUUUUAUAACAAUAUACUCCACACUGCGCCACUUUGCUUACUUUCUCAGGUAAAAAAUCAUUUUCACUGGGAUCGAGAAAUCAUUAGAAUUUUAAGGUCAGGCACUGGAUAUGCCCUAUAAUCUCAAACUUUUUAAAGGGACAAUAAGUAGGAUUUCCCCCCAUCUAGUGGUGAAACUGUAUUUUGCAUUCAAACAAAUAGUGCUCUCUAGCGCCACGCUUUUCCAAAUGAGUGUUGCAACUACGGUAGCCAUUAUGUACUCACUGAUCUCAUUGUCCGUUUCAGCUGGUUCACGUGUUCUGAACGAAAACGUGUUGCGGUAGGCUAGUGCUUUUUGUCCCUCUCUGCUAUUAUAGUUUUUCAAUAGAGGGUAUGCAUUGAUGUCACUUUUCCACCUUACCACCCGGAACUCACCCUGUUGAGUGGCGAAAUGUUAAACAAAAUGGCUGGUUUUCAUAGCGGCUGCUGCAAAAAAUGGCAGUAAAACUGUCUAUUAUCAGCUUAAAUUAAAUUUAGUUGACCUUAACAGUGACCCUAACAACUUGCCAAACAACCAGGAGUCUGUGGAUAUUGGCAUAUGGUCAGACAUUGCUUUUCCUGACAUAUAUGUUUAUCUUGCCUAACACUAUUUUUAUCCCAAGAUUUUACACACCUGACAAAUGGCUACUGAUUUACUUCUCCUUUGAGGGGCAAAACAUUCAACAAAAUGUCUGGCUGUUCUAGCGGCGGAUGCGAAAAUGUCAGUAUAACUGACAAUUAUCAGAAAAAAAUCAAUUUAGUUUCACGUGACCCUAGCAACUUGUCA